AUCCUCGCUCUCCCUUCGCUGGUAGGUGGCAUUUGCAGCUGAGGAGGAAGAGCAACCAUCGAGUCCUCCAUUUCUAGGGUUUCGAUCUCGGCGGCGUUGCAGGAGAAGGGGCGGAGGCGAUGGGUGCGAUUAAGGCAGCCGUGUUGGACGCCAUCGUCACCUUCCUCUGGGUCUUCUGCGUCUCCACUGUCGGCGCCACCACUUCCAUCGUCACCGCUGCAUUCCAGAUCCAGGGAGCCGCGCUCUCUUUGCUCGUGACCACCACCAUCGUCUUCGUCCUCGUUUUCGUCUUCGGCAUCAUAACCAACGCCAUAGGCGGCGGCAGCUUCAACCCCACCGCCACCGCCGCUUUCUAUGCGGCGGGAUUGGGUAACGACAACCUCGUCUCCAUGGCGCUCCGUUUCCCGGCCCAGGCGGCCGGGGCGGUCGGUGGUGUCUUGGCCAUCUCGGAGGUGAUGCCACAGGCGCACAAGCACAAGCUGAGAGGGCCUUCCUUGAUGGUUGAUUUGCACACGGGGGCCAUCGCCGAAGGUAUCCUGACCUUCGUCAUCACCUUGGCCGUGCUAUGGAUCAUCGUCAAGGGACCUCGGAGCCCGAUCGUGAAGACGUGGUUGAUUGCUGUAUGCACUGUUACCAUGGUUGUUGCGGGCGCUGGUUACACCGGACCAGCCAUGAAUCCUGCAAAUGCAUUUGGCUGGGCUUAUUUGAACAAUCGCCAUGAUACGUGGGAACAAUUCUACGUCUACUGGAUCUGCCCUUUUAUUGGUGCCAUUUUUGCAGGUUGGUUCUUCAGAGUCAUCUUCCCUCACCGUCCACCAGUCAAAGCUAAAAAGGCAUGAAGAAGCUAAGUUGGGACGCUUUAGAUUGAAAUGUUUUUUUUUUUAAAAAAAAUAAUAAGUUGCAUCCAUGUCAAUGUCACUUAUUUAGUUUGAAAAUAAAGUAGGUAGUGGGUAGGUUUGGUAAAACCUUGUUAAACAUCUAAUUUUAUGUUUAAGUUUAUGGCUUUUCCUUGCCAAAACCUGCAAGUUGUGCACAUUAAAAGUUUAGCUUUUUUUUUUAAUCUGGAUUGAUUUAUUAGUCA